AGGAUGCUGCUAACCUGCGAAGACGAGCAAACCACUCCUGCAAUCAGCAGUUCAGCACCUGCCCGUUCGUCCCUGGUCGUCUGAGCGCAGGAUAUCUCGGCGCCACGCCUCUGUUGCUGUCCCUCCCAACCGCACCUCUUCUCAGAGGUUUAGGUUCCUGGACGUCCUCGCACACACAACUAACGCACAACACCGCAUCAAACUACUCCACUGCACGACCCGCGACUCCUAUAUAAUUCUGGCAUCUCGCAGCAACAUGCACAGCAACAGCAAGUACUACAAGCGAUCGAUCUACUGAGCAAGAGCUGGUUGGCUACACGCGCCAGUCCUCCUCGCUCUUGUCCAGUGUACAUUCAAGCCUGCGUGCCUGCCUUGCGAAAAUGGCCAAGAACGCGGCGCAAGCCGUCAGGGCGGCGCUGUGCCUGGCGCUCGCGCUCGCUGUGGCGAACUGCGCAUUCGCUGGUCGCGUCCUCGACGAGCAGGCUGCAGCUCCCCUGCCGGCUGACCCGCUGCCCGCCCCGACGGAUCCCCCGGCAGACCCAGUGGUGGCGCCAGCGGCCGCCGGCGCUGCGGGAGCAGCGAGUGCUGGUGCCGCCGCGACGGGCAACGCAGGAGCCGCCGGCGCGGGCGUUGGGGACCACCCGCUGACGUUCUUCAUGCACGACAUCCUGGGCGGCUCGCAGCCGUCGGGGCGCAUCGUGACCGGCGUGGUGGCGAGCGCGGCGGCCAACGGGCAGCUCCCGUUCGCGCGCCCCAACACCAACAUCUUCCCGAUCCAGGGCGCGAUGCCGCUGCCGCAGGGCGCCAGCAACCUCGUCAACAGCAACAACGUGCCCUACGUCGCGGGCCUCGGCGGCACGUCCUCCGCCGUCGUCCAGAACAACGGCAACCCCGUCAACGGCGGCAACAAGAACAUCCCCUUCGUCAACGCCGGGGACCUGCCGUCGGGCGCCACGCUCCAGAACCUCCUCUUCGGCACCACCACCGUCAUCGACGACGAGCUCACCGAGGGACACGAGCUCGGCGCGGGGGUCAUCGGCAGGGCGCAGGGCUUCUACGUUGCCAGCUCGCAGGACGGCACCAGCAAGACCAUCGUGCUCACCGCCAUGUUCGAGGGCCCCGAGGCACCGCAUGGCGGCGACACGCUCAGCUUCUUCGGCGUCCACCGCAUGGCCGCGCCGGAGUCCCACAUCGCCAUCAUCGGAGGCACCGGCAAGUACGAGAACGCCAAGGGCUUCGCCGCCAUCCAGACGCUGCACCCUGGCGACGAGCACACCACCGACGGCGUCGAGACUCUACUCCAGUUCAACGUUCACCUCAUUUAAGCUGCUCCAUCACCAUUAGAUCGACCAUUACCCCCUAUUUCGUGCAAUGUUCGUGAUUCCAACUUCCAAGUACUGUGCCCGCUUUCGGCCAUGUAUGUAAUGUACUAAUAGGUGCUAUGAUCGCAUCAGCAUACUGUGAGAUUGUACGAGUAAAUCAAGUAGUAUGUUUCUGCUAUUCUGAGAUGGCUACUCCUAAAAGAAAUGGCAUGAGAAUAUGACAUCAUCCUACGUGAAAUGGAGCUGGAUGGGAUUCAAGAAGAGUAAA